AUGGAUUACAGAUGUCGGAGAGCGAGAAGUCUCAGUUCUGAUGUUGUAAUCUGGGAGCUCGGCGUAUUUACUUUGGGCCCGUCAUCCCCUCCAGCCGGUCAGAGCUUCCUUCUCACAUCAACCGACUCCGACAAGGACAUCUACCUCCUGGGCAUUGCCUCUCACGAUGGCAGUGCAGGGGUUAGAGCAGACGAUCCUUCGGGAUCCAGCUCUAUAAUUUUGACAGGCAUCCUCCGCCAUUAUGCCACCGUGUUGAUGAACAACCCUCCCAAACCCCCGGCCACUCUCGCCGAAUCACGCGAACGUUUGUCCCUUCUUCGAGGCGUCAACUUUCGUAACAAUGCCUCUGCAGUUCUCACUCCAUCUUCCUUUGCUACGCGCAAGGAGUACCUCGUGAACGCCUACCAAAGCGGCGCGUUUCUCAAGGAUCCUUCUAGCCGAGGCCAGCCGCCAGCGAAUCCUAUGACGGAUCCAGCGGGCAUGGAGGCAAUGAUGGGAAUGAUGAAGGGAAACAUGAUGAUGAUGAUCCCGCAAACGCUGAUCAUGAGUUGGAUCAAUGCGUUCUUCUCGGGAUUUGUUAUCCUGAAACUGCCGUUUCCCCUUACGAUUCGGUUCAAAUCAAUGCUUCAGUCCGGAGUGAUGACCCGUGAUCUCGAUGUCAGGUGGGUCUCGAGCUUGUCCUGGUACUUCCUGAACUUGUUCGGUCUUCAGUCUGUGUUUGGGUUCAUCCUCGGCAGUGACAAUGCUGCCAAUCAAAUGACUCAGCAAAUGGCUCAAAUGAAUCCUGCUGCCGCUCCCAAUCCCUUCCAGCCCGGACAAGAUCCCGACAAACUGUUUCAGAAUGAAGCGGAGAACCUUGAGGUUAUGGAGCACUACUGUAUCCUUGACGGGAUUGAGGAAAGACUGCUGCACAACCUCGGUGCGAGUAAUUAG